AGCUUUUUGUGAGACAACGAUGACUGAAAUGAUCAGACAUUUGGAUCUUCCACUUCAGGUGCAGAACGCUAUGAGAGCUCUGAUGGACGGCGAGGGCGGAGAUGUGGACGCCUUCAUCGCACUCAUCAGAGAAGAGUCAACACUUAAGUCUUCCUGCGUUCGCAUCAGCGAAGAGUUGGUUCUCUUUGCCGUCAAAGAAGGUGUUUACGACUCUCGGCUACGAGUAUUGAUUCUUCACAUCUCUGGCCUCUUAGGAGUUCCGGUGCCUAUCGUUGAGCUCUACGAAGAGUCCGUAAUUGAAAUGCUUUCGGAAUACAUUCCGCCACAAAAUGACGACGAAAUCAAAAUCAAACAAAAACGCGAACGAAAUAAAAAGAUUAAACGCUAUGUUAUGAUAGGGUUGGCCAGUGUU